UAGUACCUGGCAACCCUGUUCGCUAGAGACGACGGGUUGGCAAAUAAAGUAACGUUAGCUCGUGUCAUUAGCACUUAAAGCUUACAGUGCUUGUGCAGAAUAGCUAACGUUACAGCUCCCCGGCUGCGUGGAUAUCAUUAGCGUUAACGUUAGAUUUACUCUUCAUAACCGGUACAGACGGAUGUUUAGUGGAGUAAUGCCUCGUCGUGUAGCAGGACACGGUCGGUAGGCUGAAACGGCGGGGUGUGGAUGGAGUCCGCGGUCAGAUGAGCCGCUGGAGAAGAGCUGGAGCUGAGCGCUGUUUCAGCUUCUGGCUGACGGAGCUCACUGGAUCUAUAGCGGUCUACAUCAGCAGCAUGUCUGGGAAUCCUAGCUAACCUAACCUAGCUACACAGUCUGUACUGUAACUAAGUGUUAAGUAAAUGUCUAGAGUUUAGUUAGCUAGUUAUCUAGCUAUAUUAUUACCAUCCAUAGUAUAGCAGUUAACCUACAUGGCUAACUGCUUAUAGCUAGCUAACUUACUGUCUUUAAAAUAGUAAAGCCAGUAGGGGGUUCUUUAUUGGCUAAUGCUAAUGUAGCUAGCGUUAGCCUAGCCUGUGUUUCGAGUAUUAUUAGCUAAGCUAACUAACUAAGUCACAUGGUUAGCUAGUUAGAUAACUAGCGUAAAUUAUCUGGCGAAAAAGCAAUUGUAAGAUGUUUAGUUAACUGCAGUCGUACGUUUUUGAACGUUUCUAAACGUUCUGUUUAGUAUUGUUUACAGUGUAAAGCUAACAUUAGCUUGUUAGCUGACUAGCUAAAUUGGCUAGCGUUAGCUAAGCUAGGUUCGCUAGGUACUGUCUAACAUACUAAGGCCAGCAGGGGUUCUUUAUUGGCUAAGGCUAAUGUAGUUCUAGCCUAGCCAGUGUUUCGAGUAUUUUUAGCUAACUAGCUAACUUAUUUAAUCUACAUGGUUAGCUAGUUAAAUAACUAACCUUUACGUAAAUUAUAUGGCGGUAAAGCAAUUGUGAACCAUAUAAUUAUUAGUCUUACUCGUACGUUUUAAACGUUACUUAACGUUCUGUUUAGUAUCGUUUACACUGUAAAGCUAAAGUUAGUCUGUUAGCUAGCUGACUAGCUAAAUUGGUUAGCGUUAGCUAAGCUAGGUUCUACUGGCAUCUCCGUUGGUGGCCCUCCUCUUGUUUUAUUCAGUGCUAGCCAAAGCUACAGAAACACACACAAGCCGGACUACUAGCUAGUUAAUCAGUUACAAGUGUUAUUGUGUCUUCAGUAGUAAGAUUUGUUGAUUAUUAUUAACUGAGUAGUGAUGCAGGCCUUUACUCUCAACCUCGGUUAUAUCUGCUAAACUCCAAUUUAGUUUCUUACAAUGAAAAACUGCGAAUAUCAACAAAUAGACCCCCGAGCUCUCGGAACACCAGCCUCAACACCAAGCUCCACUCUGCCAUGUGGGAAAACCAGCUCCCACCGCCCAAAAAGGAAAUGGGAAGUUUUCCCAGGCAGAAAUCGCUUCUACUGUGAUGGACGCAUCAUCGUUGCCCGGCAGUGCGGUGUGCUGCCUCUCACCCUCGGCCUUAUUCUCUUCACCAGUGGCCUGUUCUUCGUGUUUGACUGCCCCUUUCUAGUGGCUCACCUCACUGUCUGCAUCCCAGUGAUUGCUGGAGUACUGUUUUUGUUUGUGGUCAUCACCCUUCUUCAGACCAGCUUUUCAGACCCAGGGAUCUUACCAAGGGCUUUGCCAGACGAGGCUGCUGACAUAGAGCGGCAAAUCGAUAACUCUGGGUCAGGCACAUACCGCCCACCACCUCGGACUAAAGAGAUCCUUAUAAACGGGCAGGUGGUCAAACUCAAGUAUUGCUUCACGUGCAAGAUGUUCCGUCCACCCCGCACUUCUCACUGCAGUCUUUGUGACAACUGUGUAGAGCGUUUUGACCACCACUGCCCAUGGGUGGGAAAUUGCGUUGGGAAGCGCAACUACCGAUUUUUCUAUACCUUCAUUAUUUCAUUGUCCUUUCUCACCUCCUUCAUCUUUGGUUGUGUGAUUACACAUCUCACUUUAAGAUCACAAAGCGGAAGAGGUUUUAUACAAGCCUUACAGGAGAGCCCUGCCAGUGUUGUGGAGCUGGUUGUUUGUUUCUUCUCCAUCUGGUCUAUUUUAGGCCUCUCUGGAUUCCACACCUACUUAGUAGCCUCCAACCUCACAACUAAUGAAGAUAUAAAAGGCUCUUGGUCGGGUAAAAGACCAGCGGAAGAAUCAGGGAACCCUUACACCUACAACAGUAUAUUCACCAACUGCUGUGUUGUGCUGUGUGGGCCCAUGCCUCCCAGUCUGAUUGACAGAAGAGGUUAUUUACCGCCGGAUGUUAUCCCUCAAACUGUUAACUCUGAGGCUGAUCUCCAUCCAUUCAUGGCCAAGAAUGACACCAACAUGUGCACACAAAGCACAAAGGAGCUUCUGGAGUCAGUUGCUCACUCUUCGCUGGUCCAGAGUACCUGCACCCCUGCAACGACUAAGACUGCCCCAGUGACUCAGGAGAGUCUCCUUAUUACUGUCUCCAGCACUCUGUCAGCGUCUGGUAGGCCGCCACCUACUGGCUGCUCGGGAAGACAGGCUCGCCGCCCCACAGAUAAGGCCUGCCCUCCCAGAGAGAGCAAACAUAAAACCAGCUUUCGUCUGCCCAGUCCACCGUACUCGCUCAGCCAUAGCCCUCUCAUUCUCAGUGAUGCUCCCGACGUGGGCUUUAUUCCACUGACGUGAGUAUAGCUGAGCCACCCCUGAAAACCCAUGUACUGUCAAAAGUGGCUGAGAGGGUUUUUUUGUUCAUUUAAACUCAGGAUUUUCUCAGGAGACACGCCAUCUUGUAACACUAGAGGAUUUCCACUCAACUUAGGACCUAGCAUACAGUUUUGUGAAUAGCUGACUGGGCUACAAAGCUGACUUUGCAUUAAGCACAGUCAUUUCUUAUGUGUUAUCUGCACAACCUGAAUAAUGAGAAGCACAAUACAUGUUUCAUGAGAAAUGCUGUGUCCGAAUGACGUUCCACGUUUGGCGUUCCACUAAGCCUUGAGCCAUGUUUAAGCCUUUGUCCUUUAGCUUGCAAUCAUAGCAAUAACUUAGUUUUGAAGACUUUGACUCAUUUGAGGGAAAGUCUCACCUUACAUGUAAAGCCAAGCAUCUGACUUCUGCCAUGUAACCAUGUAUGAAAAGGAGAUGUUUGGGGGGGGGGGGGAUACUGUAUGUCCUAAACUUUGCCCAUCCAAAGUCUGGGACUCAUUCACCAACAAUUCUUAAGAAAAACAUUCUUCUUGAAAAAGUAAUGAUGCUCUAAAUAUUUGGCAACUAAAAUUAUCCGUGCUUAAAACUUACCUGCACAGUUUUUGAAGAUUUUAAUGUCCACUGUUUUCUUAUUUAGGAUUUUCAAAUUUGAAAAAACAUCACUAGGACAAACUUGAGAACAAAUGUACAAAACAUCUUAAGGAGAUAUUGGUGAAUGAGCCCCACUGUUUGUGUAUUAAUACAGAGCAAGUUUGCCUUUCACUGCCUUAAUCGCCUCUACUGUUCUUUUGAAGGCUUGAUUUAAGUUUGAAACAUUGCUGUGAGGAUUUGAUUGUAUUCUGCCCUAACAGUAUUUGUUAGAUCAGUUGCUGAUGUUGGAUAGUUGGUCCAAUCACAGGUAUUGGAUAGACCUCUAUCACACCAGAGAAUGUAGUUCUACUACUCUAAACCUAAUACUAGGGUAGCUUAGGUGUUUCAUUCUGAUGGUGCUGAUUUCCAGUGGCUAUUACUGUGUUCAGUCAGCUUAAACUGGGUAUGUCUUAAAUUCUAGGUAAGAUAAUGUGGAUACUUUUGGACAUAUAAUCUUAAAAACAAACUAGUAAACAGUUGUCGGUGUUCAAGCGUGGAACAGGAUGAUCCCUGUGUCUUUUAUUAGGAGUAUUUAAAAUAUGCUGUUGUCCAGGAACAUAUUAAUUGAAUCUUAUGUAGGGUGAAAUGCCUAGGACAGUAGUCCUCAAACCUCCUAAAAAAUAUAUAAACAAUUUCAAACCCCCUACGUGUUAAGCAUCGGUAAGAAAAUGUUAUGCUAUAGGCUGCCAUUUAAUGAGAAAAUGGACCUUUUCUGAAGGAAGAUUAGAUUAGGGAUGCACUAUUUUAAAGGUGCUGUAUACGAUUCUGGAGAGAGACUGUUGAUGUAAACUCAACAGCAAAUCCAAUACAUGCUUCUCUUUAGUGCUCCUUUAGAAGCUUAAUCCACCAAAUGCAUGUUCGUUGUAGGCAUAUAGUAGGUUAUGGGUUGGCACAGUUUUUUCAGGUACUGCUGCUGAGCAAACCAGGUGUGACUCUAUCACAAACAAUGUCCUGCAGGAUUAGAGCAUCAUUCUCAUCCCUUUUAACAUUCAGAGAUAAACUGUCCAAAUUCUGUGCAUGAGCAUAAACACCAGACUUUUCCCAGUUCACAAAUGGACUGGAAUUCUUUUACUGGAUCUUACCAAGUGUAGUGGAUUUAAAUCAUAUACAGCAUCUUUAAAAAUAGUCUUGUGCAAAAUACUUUUAGAAAACCUGAUCUUGGGGUUUCAUUAAUCAAAACAACUAAAGUAAAUGUGUUAAAGUUUAAGAACCACUGUCUGGGAAUUUUUUAAGUCACAAUAAAAGAGUCUGUAUUUAUUUUUUUAUGCCUUUCUAUGUGAGUGGUCGGUAAUGAUAGAAGAACAAGAUGUUACCUUUGAUGUCAAGCUAGUGCAUUUAAAGAAGUAAUAAUUGUGUAAUUUUCCCCAGGGGAUUAUGUUAAGUUAGUGACCUACAAUGUGUAGAGAAAUAAUGG